AUCUUUAAAGGUUUGUUUGAUAUUCACAAAGGCGUAUUUAUUCGAGACAGCCUAGUACUAAACCAAGCACUAUAAUCUAUAGUACUACGUCAAUACCAUCCGCAAAACACCUUGUAUUUUUCUUACGUGUCUCCUCCCUGCCACGCGAGCAAAAUCAAAAGACACUCGGGCUCUCACCAGGAAAAAUGUCGUUUUAUCCUCGUCGCUUGGAGCGACUGGUGAAACCAACCAGCCAACAUAAGUACCGGCCAGAAAGUACAGUGAUUCUGAAGGUUAACUGAGUUUUGUUAAGUUUCCAGGUGUUAGGCACAAAGUAACGGCGUGUUAAAGUAUCCUCUAGAGCAGUAAGGAGGGGAAACGUGUUAUUGUUUAGUUUAAAAAAGCACCAUUUGAGGAUAUAUACGUCCUAGAGCCAUAGAGAAAUCCUUGUAGGAUUCUUACGAUCUUAAACAAAUUAGUAGCUCUGACUCUUGCUAACGGAAAAGUGUGAACGGUUUCAGUAGUCAGUUGCCAUGGCACAUUGUAAGCCUUCUUGCUGGAGGAAAUGAGACUAAUUAUGUGGCUUCAAACAACAUUAUGUAGCGUCUACGUUGGAUUGUAUCAUGAGGAAUGGUCCACGUGAUAUGAAAAUCAUUCAGUGAACUUGAACAUGUUAUUACCCGGAAGACGUUUAAUGCGAUUAUAGUCAUGGAACUCAACUGAAUGUCCAACUGGAAAUUGCAAUGGCUUGGUCUUCAGAUUUCAGUUCCUGCCUGUGGACAUUCCCUUUGAAGUUGUUGCUCGUUGUUUGCGUGGCGUGGCGACAUCUGGCGAGUGGAAAUAUUCUCUUUCAACCAUCGAACAAUGACCACGCAACGAUCCGAUUGAAGAUGGACGAUCCCAACGGCGUAGGACCGCCUCAGACGAUCGUCCUUCAAGUAGAGACUCGUAUUAUGGAGAAGCUGGGCUUAAGUAAAGGAGAGCUCGAAAACGGAAAAGUCGAACCGGACGAGAAAGGUCAAAUGGGUACCCUGAAGGUCAAGGGGAUGACCUUCGACCUUCAUAAGACAAUUGACCGUCGAACUGCCCUCAUUUUCCAUAGCAAAGACGCCGUCAGUCAAUUCGUCCUCGACCAAAAGGGGUUCUUGGGACUCACGCUCCAAAAUUUCGAAAACGACACCACACUUAUUCCUGAAGCUCCGGUGACAUUGGACUUGUCUCCGCCUCUUGUCAAAAGGCUGAGGACGAUAGAUGUUAUCGUCUCCAACAGUUCAGCAAGUGUCCUUUUAAACAAUAUAACGAUCGCGCGCUACGAAGCUCACACAAGAUAUCCAAAGGAUCCCUGGCUAGAAGAUGCUGGUUUACUCUUGGUUGCAAUAAAUCCAAUGACGACCAGUGUCACUUUGCACCAAAUAUUCCCCACCAGUGAUUUUGGCGCCUACAGGGAUUUCCGAUGGACCCUGGAGUCUAUUCUACCGGGGAGAAUUGUAGUAUUGGCCUCUGUGCACGAUGGGUCCCUGCAGCUAGACCCAGUCAGAAAGUACCUGGAAUCUCUGGGGUCUCACUGGUCUACGCAGUACCUGUUCAGAGACUCUUGGGCCUGGGUGUUUGUCAAAGGUGGACAGACUUUGGGUGAUGUUAUUAUCCCUAACAGCCAGUCUAUGCAAUUCUGUUCCUCUCCUGUCAAGCUUUCUGUAGAGAUGCCCAAGAAUUGGUAUGAGGAAGCCAGAGUGAAAAAUGGCGAAGAAGUUCCAAAUGACUGGGCGAAAUGUCCCGGUUGGGUUCAGUUGGCUGAGGCUCAUAAGAGAGCUGUUUUCUGUUCUACCUACGACGGUUUUAGCAGCCUGUGUUCAUGUGAACGACCCUUCACUCUUCUGGCGGAACCACGUCAAAAUAAAACUGAGCAAUGGAGGGAGGACAUUCCGAUUGUCGUAAUUACAGGUGGAAGGACCAGAUACUUAUACAGACUCCUGGAGAACAUAGGACAGCAGGAUGACGUGAGAAAGGACCUCAUACUUCUCGUUUCAGACGGUGCCCUCAAAGACGUCUCUCUUCUGGCCGAAGUCCUCGGAAUUCAAGUGAUGAUUCACAGACCAGAGGGCAAAGGACCAGCAAGAGUUUCCCGAAAUCUGAGGUUUGCACUCUUCUCAGCACUGAAGAGGUUCCCAGAGGCCGAUAAAUUCAUCAUCAUGGAAGACGACCUGGUUCUCUCGCCCGAUUUUUACUCGUACAUGCAGCAAACCGGUUGGCUUUUGGAACACGACCCAACUCUUUACUGCGUGUCAGGCUUCAAUCACCUGUCAUACCCACACACGUCAUUCGACUCUACCCGUCUGUACAGGGUCGAUUCGUACCCAUCUUAUGGCUGGAUGACCUCGAGGGCUGUUCUGAGAGAUUUGCUUCCAAAAUGGCUUCCUAGUAAUGUGACCCACGACUGGGAUCACUUCGUGUCCUCGGAUAUCAUCCGGAGGAACAGAGAGUGCGUGGUUCCGGACGUGAACAGAUCCUACCACGGGGGAGCCACAGGAUUGCACCUGUCGGCAUCCUACGCCACAGAGAAGGAUUUCCUGAAUAGGACUUACAAUACGGAGAACGAUGUUAGUCUUAUGAAUCUGACGAGAAUCCUGCAGAGCGAAUACGAAACCGAGAUGGACGACCUGUUGGCGCAUGCGCACUCGUUUGACCUUGACGAAUUCCUGGAAGGUCGCGUGCACACGGAACCAGGGGAAGUUUACGCAUUAUUCGUCCACCAGAAAGACACAAGCGACAACCUCUCUUUCAGAGCUGCUGGAGACAUUUUGAACAUUUGGAACCGCGACGCCAGAGAUGCUCAUCAGUUCACUUGGAGGUUUACCUACAACAAUGCCACUGUCUUAUUCGUUGGAGUUCCCGCUUCGAAAUAUUCGAAACAUAUGAAGCCUGGCACCGAUGUUUUUUAUGUUGAAGAGGACUACAUCCACAUCCUGAACAUGGAAGAUCUCCACAGCCGUUUCAAAGUCCCCAUAAGGACCCACCUCCAAUCGCCAUAUUUCAGAAUGGGGUAUCAGAAUGUCUCGCUCGCGAAAUAUUCGAGAAAUGAUACGAUUCCUACUUGAUACGGACUUAUACAGGUUCCUAAACGAUUCCUACUUGAUGCUUGGUCCUAAAUGGAGCUUUUGUUGGGUUACAGGACUAGCUGUGUGGGAGUUCUUCCCCAAAAUACUAAGAUAUAUGACGAAUGAAAGGGAACAAGUUGUAGAAUUCACCAAAGAAUCGUCGUAAGUUGUUAUGAAAAAUUGUCUUGUAUGGAAUAUGUUCAAGGAUUGUUAUGCCAAAAUUUGAUCAUUGUUUUUUGUAAACAAAUUAUAUAACAGCAUGCCAUCUUUUGCCAUAUAAUUCCUUCAUGUCAUAAUAAUUUACGGAAAAUAUUUAAAAAGAGUUCUCUCUCGAGUGCUAUUUGGAUACUGCUAAAUGGACUCGUUUUCUUUCAAUAAAUGUUAUAGUUAUAGUUGAUAUGAAUGUUACACUUAUAGUUUUCUAUGAUGAAUAUGCUAGGGGAGUCUCUUCUAGAAAUAAAAUCUUUGCUUCUGAACCAGAAACUGACCAAUUGCCAGUAUAUAGAAAUGUAGUUAACCUUUAGAAUAUUUAAAUAAGUGUUUAAGUCUUACAGAAAGAAAUUUUAAGUCUGAAUAGACUCGUCAUUGGAGAGUUAUCGGUUUAGAAUAGUGUGGUUUGUCAACGCAUUUAAGAAAUUUAUAGGCCUACGUCUAGGAGGAGGCCAGUGAAGAAUGAUAUAUAGGUUUAGAUAUGUUUCUUCUGGCGACCAAUAGAUGGCACCAGCCUGCACUUGUUACCGCUUGGGUAAUUCCACUAUGAAAUAUGGGAGGAAUUGAUAUAUGUAUGAUGGCGUCACUGUUGAGAUAAUAUGAUUUGUUUUUACUUAUUCUUCAAUAAAUGGAGCAGCCAUUGCACAACAAAAAUAAGCGUUGCUAGAUCAAUCAUACAUUAUAACCUGUAUUCCUACCAGAACAGAAAGCGAGCGAUUAAAACACACACACAGAAUAAAGAAUUUGGGAUAGUUUUGCAUAUGUGAAACGUGUUGAACAGGGCAUGCAUAUUAAUUAGUGGCAUUAUAAUGUGGUUAUUUAAUCCUAAAAUUGCAGACAUUUCUCAAUCAUUGCAAGGAUUACGACGCCAAUUUGAGUAACCGUAAAUCAAUCAUUACUACCAGUGAUGAAAAAAUAAUACACAAAUAACUUUAUUUCGAAGAGAUGAUAGCAUAAGUUCUAGGAAGAUAUAGCUACACAGAACCACAAUCUAUUAGUCUAUGAUUUGAAGAGCGAAGUUUUUUUUUCUUUCUUUUAAGGAAGUAUUUUAUUCCCAUCUUGUUCAAAAAAUAUGAUGCGUAUUAUCGUCUGUUUCAUUAUCGCUAGGCAGAUAGUCCACUUGGGAGGUUAUGCAUUUUUCUAUUAGUCUUUCUUGAAUUCUACACUUGGUAGAUUUCCUCUAACAUAGCAGGAAAAAAUAUAUAUUGCUUAUAUCUGUGUAAUGAGCAAAGUGUCUAGAUUCAAUAUCAAUUGCAAUAUGCUCUACUGAUCAUUGCAUCUGUACUACAUAGUACUUCCAGGUAUUUUGAAUAGUACUAAUUAACAAAUAUGAAGGGUUUCCAUGAUCUGAUUGAUGUAGAAGGCAAUGUCAGCUUACUACUGAUAUUCUGAUAUUCCAGUGCAAAAAAAGGAAAGAGAAAAAACGAUAGUUUAAUUAUACAAGAAUUAUCGUCCUUAACAUACAUCCAAUGGAAAUGCAAAAUAUAACAAGGAUAGAAGAGUAAAAGUAGACAAUUCUAUCUGCUGGAGAGCUCGAAACCUAGACCUCGUUUAUCGAUAAAAGAUUUUUUAACUAUACAAAAGUCUAUAUCCUACACAUAUAUAAUGCAAUAUAGGUUAGAUAAUUCAUGAAAUAUGCCAAAAUAAUUUGAGAAAUUUACCGUCUUUUGUUUAUAUAUUUACGUUCAUCUCCGAGGGCUGGUAGAAGUAGUGCUAUACGGCACCUCGAAUACAUUUUCUGUAGAAGUACCAAGAAAAUCUUGACUAUCAGUUGAUACUCUGUCUUUAAGGCUUAUCCCAUACCUCCAAAUAAUCCUAUUCCUC